AUGACUGGGCAGGACAGGACUGGGCAGGACAGGACUAUCCAGGAGAGGGCUGGGCAAAAGAGGGCUGGGAAGAAUAGGGCUGGGCAGGAGAGGACUGGGCAGGAGAGGACUGGGCAGGAGCGGGAUGGGCAGGAGAGUCAUGGGCAGGAGGGGACUGGGCAGGAGAGGACUGGGCAGGAGAGGGCUGGGCAGGGGACGACUGGGCAGCAGAAGACUGGGCAGCAGAGGAUUGGGCAGGAGAGGACUGGGCAGGAGAGGACUGGGCAGGAGAGGGCUGGGCAGGAGAAGACAGGGCAGGAGAGGACUGGGCAGGAGAGGACUGGGCAGGAGAUGACUGGGCAAGACAAGACUGGGCAGGACACGACUAUGCAGGAGAGGGCUGGGCAUAAGAGGCUGGGGAGAAUAGGGCUGGGCAGGAGAGGACUGGGCAGGAGAGGACUGGGCAGGAGAGGACUGGGCAGGAGAGGACUGGGCAGGAGAGGGAUGGGCAGGAGAAGACUGGGGAGGAGAGGACUGGGCUGCAGAAAACUCGGCAGCUGA